UGUGCAGAAGCUAGUAAAGGAGGGAUCAAGUCACAGCACAGUUAUAUUCACUCGGUUGCUCUGAGUCUCACUGUCUCUCAUAUCUCUCCCGUACACACUUAAAAAAUCCUGCACACACGCGGAGACACACACACACACACAGAGCUGAGUUUAAGGAAAAAUAAGUCAAUAUUUGACCAAAUCGGACUGUACGGGAGGGAAGAAACAAAAGACAAGAAAAAGAAAAGAAAAACUGGAAAUCUGUCCCUUCUCUUUUUGGAACUUUGAACUUGGACACAAGGACUUAGAGAAGACGUUUUUUUCUGUUCGUUUUAUAGGUGGAUACAAACUUUUCCCAAACUCUUGGGUCAAACAAAGCAAAAAGGAAUUAGUUUUUUUCUUAUUUAUUGUUGGACUUUUGGACUUGGACUGGGCAAGAGCGCAAUAAGAGGAAGGAGAUGGGGAGAUGGACGUUACAUCUCUCAGUGGGGCUUGGGCUUCUAGCCGUCCUGUUAACCUGCUGUUAUGCUGAAGAGAACUACUGCUUCGCUUCCAGGGCCAAGACCUGUUCAGAGUGCCUGCAGUCGGGGAAAGACUGUGCAUACUGCCCUGAUGAGACCUUUAAUGGCCCUCGCUGUGACCUGUACAAGAAUAUAAUUGACUAUGGCUGCAGUGCUGCAGCUGUAAUCACAGCUCAAAGCAGUAUGACAAUAAAUAAGGCGCAAGCAAUCAACGUUAGACUUCAGCAGUCUCAAGUGUCUCCACAGCAGAUGAGCAUGAGCUUUCUGCCAGGAGAGGAGAAGCUGGUGGAUGUGCAAGUGUUUGCUCCAACCAAAGGCCCUCUUGACCUCUAUAUUCUUAUGGACUUCUCCAACUCCAUGGCUGACGAUUUGGACAACUUGAAGCGCAUGGGCAAAGAGCUGGCUUCAUUGGUUAAGCAGCUGUCAGAUGACUACACCAUUGGGUUUGGAAAGUUUGUGGACAAAGUGAUCGAGCCCCAGACGGACAUGAGACCCGACAAACUUCAGCAGCCGUGGCCCAACAGCGACCCUCCGUUCUCUUUCAAAAACGUCAUCAAGCUGACCAGCGACUUGGAUUCCUUCAACAGGGACCUCCAGAAGGAGAGAAUAUCUGGCAACCUGGAUGCUCCUGAAGGAGGUUUUGAUGCUAUAUUGCAGGCUGCAGUUUGUGGGGAUAAGAUCGGCUGGCGUAACCACAGCACCCAUCUUCUGGUUUUCUCCACCGAGUCAGCCUUCCACUAUGAGUCUGAUGGUGCUAACGUGCUGUCAGGUAUCCUGCAGCGCAACGACGAGCUCUGCCACCUGAACGCAGACGGCAAUUACACACACGAUAUAAACCAGGAUUACCCUUCAAUACCCACACUGGUUCGUCUGCUGGGCAAACACAAUAUCAUCCCAAUCUUUGCUGUCACGGCCCACUCCUACACGUAUUAUGAGAAACUAAAAGAGUACUUCCCCAUUGCUGAAGUUGGUCUGCUGCAAGAAGACUCUUCCAAUAUCCUACAACUCAUGGACGAUGCCUUCAAGAAUAUCCGUUCUAAGAUGAGCAUCCGUGCAGAGGACAGACCCAAGGCAUUUGUGACACAGUUCUUGGCCACCAAUGGAAGCGUCGCACAGUACGGGGCCUUUGAUUUCCAACCUGGAGCAAUAGGCAAGUUCCAGAUGCGGCUCAAAGCAGAGCGAAUGAUCAAUGAGCAGCCUGUCUGUCAGAUGAAUCGAGAUGAAAAACAGGGGAUAAUGAGAGUCAAACCUACAACCUUUAACGCUGCUGUCAAUGUUAAUGCCUCAGUUUUGUGUCCAACCUGCGACUGUGAAAAGUCUGUCAUCCGUGGAGCACCCAGGUGCUAUGGCAACGGAGACCUGGUGUGUGGGAAGUGUCAGUGCUAUGGUGGCUGGGUAAGUACAUUCUGUAACUGCUCAGUAAGUACCUCAGCUAAGGAUACCAGCCAGUGUGUAGAACCGGGCAUGACGGAGCCUUGUUCAGGCCGUGGGGACUGCCUGGAGUGUGGAACCUGUGUAUGCUACAACCCGGAACAGUUUGAAGGACCAUACUGUCAGUGGGACAAGACGCAGUGUCAAAGAUAUGGAGGCUUCCUCUGCAAUGACCGUGGCUCUUGCAGUAUGGGUCGCUGUGUGUGUAGUCAGGGCUGGGAGGGCAGUGCCUGUGAGUGUUCCAAGAGCAACCAGACCUGUCUGGACACCAAGGGCGGUAUCUGCAAUGGGCAAGGUAAAUGUGUAUGCGGCCGCUGUGAGUGUCUGAAAUCUGCUAUCGAAAUUACUUCAUCCUGUGAGCCAAAUUUCCAGGCCCAGUUGGGCGUGUGUGAGGCUACGAGGAGUUGCGUCCAGUGUCAGGCAUGGAAGACAGGAGAGAAGAAAAAGAAAGAGGAGUGUGACAAGUGCCCCUUUAAAAUUACCUUGGUGGAUGAACUCAAAGAACGUGAGAAGGUGCUUGAUGCAUGCGAUUUCCGUGAUGAGGAUGAUGACUGUACGUACUACUACACUGUCGAAAACCCUAAAGAUCCCUUAGUUAAGGACUUGGAGGUCCAGGUGCUCGAAAAGAAAGAAUGUCCCCCUGCUAGCCUCCUGUGGUUGCUCCCACUCUUCUUGUUCCUCUUGUUACUGCUGGCCCUGCUGCUGCUCUGCUGCUGGAAAUACUGCGCCUGCUGCAAAAACCUCUGCCAGAGCUGUCUUGCCCUGCUGCCUUGUUGUGGGAGAGGUCGUAUGGUUGGCUUCAAGGAAGAUGAGUAUUUGCUCCGCCAGUCUCUGCUCACCUCAGACCAUCUGGACACACCAAUGGUGAGGACCGGCCCACCCAAAGGAACCGAUGUGGUCCGCUGGAAGGUCACUGAUAACGUACACCGAUCACCCAAUCACCCCCAGGCUCUGAUAAAGCCCAACCCUAAAGAGACCAUCCCGUUCCCGAUCUCCCUCCGGCUAAACAGGAUGUUUUCUGAGAACCUGUCUCGCCCCGAUUCCAGAGACGCCGAACAGCUUCGCAAGGAAGUGGCCGAUAACCUAAAUGAGGUGUACAAGCAGAUUCCCGGCGCCCAGAAAGUGCAAAAAACUGCAUUCAGAAUGCAGAGAAAUGCCGGAAAAAGGCAGGACUACGCCAUCAUGGACACCGUCUUAUCCGCUCCUCGCAGCAGCUACCCUGAUAUUGUCAAACUCACUGAGAGAAAUGUCCAGUCUGGAAACUUACAUGAUCUCAAAGUGGUGCCCGGCUAUUACACUGUGGCCACAGACAGAGAGGCUGCAGGAGCCAUCGAGUUCCAAGAAGGUGUGGAGUCAGUAGACGUUCAUGUGCCGCUCUUUGUCAAGGAUGAAGACGAUGAAAAGAAGCAGCUGCUGGUGGAGGCCGUGGAUGUGCCAAUGGGGAUUGCUGAGAUUGGAAAACGUUUGGUCAACAUCACCAUCAUCAAAGAGCAUGCCACCAAUAUCUUCUCGUUCCUCCAGCCUGCAUACACCUACAGCAGGCAGGACGGAGUGGCCAACAUUCCCAUUAGCAGAGAGAUCAUAGAAGAUGGACGCACACAGGUCACCUACCGCACACGGGACCUCACAGCCAAGGAUAAGAAGGACUAUGUGACUGUGGAAGGAGACCUGAGCUAUGCUCCAGGUGAGACCCAGAAAAUAGUGCCUGUUCGUCUGCUGGAGCUGGGCGAGAAAGAUGGCCUCCUAGAAGAAAAACAGGUCAAGCAGUUUGUCAUGGAUCUCAGUAACCCACGGGACGGUGCCAAGCUGGGACGCUACCCGAGAACUACUAUCACCAUCGCGGACCAACCAGAGCCCAGUAUUAUGAUGUUCAAAAAGGGCACCCAGAACUUCACCACAUCUGACCCAACCUACGUUAUCCCUGUGGUCCGCACUCGCAACCAGGACAGUCCCGCCACAGUGAAAUGGCGCACCAAGAAGGCCCAGCGCUUUGACUUAGCCGGCACUCUAAAGUUUAGUCCUGGGGAGACAGAGAAGAACAUAGUGAUCGACCCAAGGGCCCACAAUAGCCCAAUCCAACCAGAGACCAUCCAACUGGAGCUGCUGGACCCAAGUAGCAACGCUUCUGUUGGAGACAGAAAGACCACCCUUGUCAAUAUAACUGACGGAGCUCCAGAAGUUGCCCAGAUGCAGCAGAAGGGCUACAUAAACCAGAAUGCCAACUCCCCUGGUGGUCAUCUCCACAGCCCAGAAAACCUUAAGGCCAAAGCAACUGGACCCAGAAACAUUCGCCUCAACUGGGACCCACUGUCUGGUAACCCCAUGGGGUACAAGGUAAAGUAUUGGAUCUAUGGCGACCCAGAGAAAGAUGCCCAGGUCUUAGAUGUGAAGACUCCUCAAGCUGAGUUGACCAACCUGUACCCCUAUUGUGACUACGAGAUGCGAGUGUGCGGCUACAAUGCAAUGGGAGAUGGCUAUGAAACAGACAUGGUUUCCUGUCAAACACUGGAGGAUGUGCCUGGUGAACCUGGACGUCUGGCCUUUAAUGUCAUCAGUCCAACUGUCACUCAGGUCAGCUGGGCAGAGCCUGCUGAGACCAAUGGCAACAUUACGGCUUAUGAGGUCAUCUACACACCCAUUGAUGAUGGAAGGAAGCCAGUGGGCCCCGCUAAGAAAGUAAAGAUUGACAACCCCAAGAAGCGAAUGCUGUUGAUCGAGAACCUUCAGAAUGCCCAGACCUACCAGUACAAGGUCCGUGCCAUGAACAGCAUAGGCUGGGGCCCCUUCAAAGAUGCCACCAUCAACCUGGCAUCACAGCCUGUCAGACCUCUAUCCAUUCCCAUCAUUCCAGAUAUCCCCAUUGUGGAUGCAGAGGCAGGAGACGAGUAUGACAGCUACCUGAUGUACAGCAAUGAGGUGCUGAAGUCGCCUACAGGCUCCAAGACGCCCAGCGUCUCUGGUGAUGAUUACAUGAUCAAUGGGAAGUGGGACCAGAACUUCCUUUUCCCAGGGGGAACAGCGACACGCAACUUGUCAGCAUCAUCCUCUCCUAUGUCCACUCUGAGCUCAAACUACAGAGGGGCAGGCGGCUCCUUUACCACAGAAACAUCCACCACCUACAUGUCCGGAGCAGCAGGCUCCCGUAGACAUGAAAUGAUCGGAGGAGUACACUCAUCAGAAGUUAUCAUGAGGAAGCGCUCAGAGAACAGGGGUUACACAGAUGAAAACAUCCGGGACUCAAUCGUCAUUGGAGAUGUGUCUAGCAAGUUCCCAGAUCUAGGUGGGUUCGGCUACGCUGGGAUGCAGAGCAGCUCUCAGAGCCAGUUCAGCUACAACCUGUCUCAGGGUUCCAGGGCCAGGACUGAGUCUUCAGACGUCAAUGAAGCCCUAUAUAAUCUGGACAGGGUGCUCCUGGAUGCUCGACUGUCUCCGGGUGUACCAGACACCCCCAGCAGACUGGUGUUUUCUGCUCUUGGUCCCACUGCCCUCAAAGUGAGCUGGCAGGAGCCCCACUGUGAGAAAGACAUCCUGGGCUACUGUGUUCUCUACCAGCUGCUCAGUGGAGGGGAGAUGAAGCGUAUCAAUGUGACGAACCCUGCAGAGAACUCUGUAAUCAUCCAGGACCUGCUGCCCAACCACUCCUACCUAUUUAAGGUGAAGGGUCAGAGCCAGGAGGGCUGGGGUCCCGAGAGAGAGGGAGUCAUCACCAUCGAGUCGGCUGUCGACCCCAAGAGUCCCCUCAGCCCCAUGCCAGGCUCACCAUUUACUCUGAGCACUCCCAGUGCCCCGGGCCCCCUGGUCUUUACUGCUCUUAGCCCCGACUCCCUGCAGCUCAGCUGGGAGAAACCUCGUAAACCCAACGGAGACAUCUUGGGCUAUGUAGUCAGCUGCGAACAGCUGCAUGGUGGAGGAGACGUGCGUUCCUUCCAGGUGAACGGGGACAGUUCUGAGACCAGUCUGACCGUUCCAAACCUGACUGAGAAUGUUCCCUACAAGUUUAAAGUUCAGGCUCGGACUACACAGGGCUUCGGCCCUGAGAGGGAGGGCAUCAUCACCAUUGAGUCUCAGGAUGGAAGCGCUUUGUCUCAGUACAGCAGCCAAUCAACGAGGAGGGAAGUUUUCCAAAUGCCAACAGAGGUCAGCACGCGGACCAACGUGUCCCACACCAUGCUCAACGACCCCUACUUCUCAGAUGGGAUGAUGAUGACGACACAGCACUCAGAGACCAGCGGCAUGGUGACCCGUCAAGUCACCAAGGAAGUGGUUCAGAGGAGCGUCAUGGGAGGAACCACCGUCACAAAGAAGAUGUUUUAUGAAUCUUAAAAAUAUCUUAUUGAGCUACGCCCAAAUUAACAGCCAAAGGUCCAACAUGAUGAGGAAUCAUAUCUGAGAGUCUCUUUUAAAAAGAGUCUGCUUCAGAGUACCCACACACGGAUGUUUUUAAUGUGUGUGUGUGGGUGUGAGAUUCUGCGACCAGAAAAGAUAUAGUGUAAUAAAAAGAUGGAGGGGAGGCCGUUCUCUCAUGCCUGUUACAAACUGGGGCCACUUUCCUUUAUAGAUGAGGGUCAUUUUUUUAUCAUUUACAUUCAUUUUUCACUCUUGCUUCUGAUAUCUUUCAUUUCAGUUACUUGCUACUAAGCAAAUUAGUUAGCGUUAGACUCCUCCCUCCCUUCUGUCGGUUCAGAUCUGGUAACACACUGAGGCUUUAAACCAGGCCCAGCCCGGGCCAGUAAUCUGACAGAAAUCCAAAGGGACAAGUGUCCCCCUUUUGUCUCCUGUCCUCCACCUGUCUGUAAGAGAUGUUGUGUCUGUAUGCGAGGUGUUUUGAAUGUUUCAGGUUAAACCCACCGAAUUUCAACAGCUUUUUGAGCUGCGUCUGCAUGCAGGAGCGAUUUGCUUGAAAUUGCUGUGGAUGUUUCACAUGGUUAAUCAUUUUCACCCAAGUGGUCUUAUCUUGAGAAAUCAAGAGUAUAAAAGUGGUGUAUUUGGGACUGUUCAUAGAUUUGUAUUAUAUUUUCCAAGCAUAUUUAAUACUUUUUAAACGAUUUUUUACAUACAUUACAUUAAAUCUAAUGCCAAAUAUUAGAUACAUCCACAAAUAGGUUGGUGCUUGUGUUGCUCAUUGAUAUGCACAUUCUACUGACAGCAUGAUUUUACAAUACAGACAAAUUAUCAAAGAUCUAUUAGAUGUAACAUGUUUUUGCAUUCUUUAAGAUGUUUAAUAUUAAAA